AUACAAGUCAUGAUACAUUAUACGCAACCCCGAUCCAAUUAUUAUCAAUAACUUUAAAUCGUAAAACUUUAUGUAAUAAUAAUAAUAUUCCUUCAACCGAAUUACCACCCCUCGGUACACCCGUACCUCCGAAUUAUCAUUUGGUUUAUUUUUUACCAAAAGAUUAUGAAAAUGAAUUGGCACUGGAUGGAUAUAAAACUCGCUAUUCCCCUCCUCCUUCAAUCCUCAAAACUUCUUUCACCAAACGUAUGUGGGCAGGUGGGGAAUUAUUAUUUAAUCCUCAAAAUCCUUUAUUAAUUGGACAAAAGGUUCAAAUGACAACCAAAAUUCGUGAUGUGAAAUAUAAAAUUAGUUCGAAUAAUCAAAAUAAUAAUCACCAUAACCGAGAUGAAAUGAAUGAAAAAGUUUUUGUUUGGUUGGAAAAAGAGAUUUCAAAUGAAUUUGGUUGGAGUUUAAAAGAUACAAGAUGUUUAGUUUAUAUGAAACCUCAGGAUUCAAAUUCAAAAUUACCUCCCAGAAAAAUAAUUAAAUCGAAUAAAGAAUCUGAAUUUAAAAAAAUUAUUUAUCCUAGUGAAAUUUUAUUAUUUCGUUUCUCAGCUUUAACAUUUAAUAGUCAUCGUAUACAUUAUGAUCAUGAAUAUUCCACUAAAGUUGAAGGAUAUCCAGAUACUACUGAUAUUUCUUAUGAAGCAUGGGCUGAAAAUAAAGAAGGUGGAAUUGCAAUGAAAGGAACUGCUAUUUCUUCUAAACUUAUGCCAUUUUCUUGUAGACCUAAUAAUCAUGUUGAUUCAGAUAAACCUACUAAGAAACAAAAAUCAGGAAUUUCCUAUAAAACAAAAUCCGUCAAAUUGAAAGAUCCCAGGAAUUAUCAAGUAAUACAAGGUUUUUUUCUCCCAAUUCAUAAGGAAGCUCCAAGCAUAUAUUAUAAAAAUGUAUAUGCAGCAAAUGAUAUAGUUGACCCUCUUCCAGAAAACAUCGAGAUUAAUAAUGAUUUACUUGUUGGUAAUUUUACGAUAGAAGAUCAUUGUUAG